GGUAGCAACCAGAAUCAUAAUAAUGGUGAGUCCGUUCGAAGGAUGCAGGGGGAAGGGAGAGAGGCCUGAAGGAUUAGGAGCGCGGGGACUGGGCUGGGCAAAGGCGAACGAGCCAGGAGGGGACCGUCGUGGUUUGGGCAGGGAACCCCUAAGGAGAACUGGCUGGCCGGCCGGCCGGCCGAAGGGUGGGGAGAAGCUGUAUCGAUGUAUAAUGGAGGGAAGGGAGAAGAAGGAAUUGCGACUCGUCGGACCAAGGUUAGGCAGCUGCUCGAGGGGGAUGAAGGAACCUGCCAGGCCUGGAGAACAGAGGUCUUGGGGUGGGGUGGGGUGCUGGAGUGAAUGGAGGACCCUUUUGGGGAGACGGGGGACAAAAGGGGCUUGGGUGCAACUGUAUCAUGACGCUGAAGAGUUGCUGGAUUGUUGGGAGCUUGAAGGACAAGUGCUUUGAAAAGUUCAAGGGAGGACGUUGUUCCAGUUUGGUGCAGGUUGAACCAAGGGUGGUGGUGGUCGCGUCGUCGUCCGAGAAAGAUCUCCUGUCUGUUUUCCUUCACUCCCUAGAUGUGCAAAUGUGGCCUGGUGAGCAUCUCUCUUGUGAAGAGAGAGUUGAAUAGUUGGUGCAAAAUAUCCAUCAUCCAGAGUCAUCUUAGUGUCAGAAGUUGUCUUCUAUAGAAUGGCAAAAGCAACAACUAUUAAGGAAGCUCUAGCUAAAUGGGAAGAAAAAAAUGGCCAGAAACCAUCUGAGGCCAAGGAAGUAAAGCUCUAUGCCCAGAUUCCUGCUAUAGAGAAAAUGGAUGCAUCUCUUUCCACUCUUGUUAACUGCGAAAAGUUGUCCUUAUCUACAAACUGCAUUGAAAAAAUUGCCAACCUGAAUGGACUAAAAAACCUUCGGAUUUUGUCAUUGGGGAGAAACAACAUAAAGAAUCUGAAUGGUCUGGAAGCAGUUGGAGAUACUUUAGAGGAGCUGUGGAUCUCAUACAACCUGAUUGAGAAAUUGAAAGGGCUCCAUGUGAUGAAGAAGCUGAAGAUUCUCUACAUGUCCAAUAAUCUGGUGAAAGACUGGGCAGAGUUUGUGAGGCUGGCAGACUUGCCACUGUUGGAGGACCUGGUGUUUGUAGGUAAUCCCUUGGAAGAGAAAUACUCCGCUGAUUCGCAGAGUGCCUGGGUAGAGGAAGCAACCAAGCGAGUACCCAAACUGAAGAAACUUGAUGGUAUUCCAGUUAUUAAGCAGGAAGAAGGUGAAGAAGGAGAAAACUAGCAUGGCCUUUUCUUCUUUUUCCAUUAAAUUAUCUCCAGCACUAUACAGUACAUGAAGCUUUUUUAUAAAUACAUCUUUGAAGAAAAUCUUGGGCAACAUUUUUAACUGACUCAUCUCUGUGUUCUUUCUUUCCCAAAGAGUUAUUUACCAAAACUGGGGGUGCCAAUCAUGUGAAGCAACUGUAUUCCUUUUUGUUUUCAUUUUUACUGUGGAAAGUUACUGUUUAAUUUAACAUGUGAAUUUUAUAAGUGCAUACUGACUUUUAAACAAUCUUACUGUUCUAUAUUCCUAGUUAUGACCACACUUGCUUAAAGCACUUGUUUGCAGAUUUUUUUUACCAUUUAAAAAUGAAGGACAGAGGAACAACAAUUUUUAUUAAGAAUCUGUAUACCAUGUGCUUCUUUAAGCAUUUCCUUCAUAAAAAGAGGACUUGAAACAUGAUAUGCUUAAAUGUUUGUCACAGUCUCAUCUUUUUCUUCCCAUCUGCUAUGCUAAUUAUAGCCAUGUAGUCACUGAUAACAAUGUUGGUUUUGUCUGUUAAGAAAUGAAGUCUACAGCAUGGAUCUAAAACAAAAAUGUUGCUAAACUGAAGGUCCAGAACUUACUAUAUUAAGCUUCACUGGAACCUUAAACUUUAAAAUUUUGGGACCCACUUACUAUUUUUAUAUACAGUGUAAAAUGAAAGAGUAAAUGUAAUAUAUUUGUUGAAGAUGAAACACUUCUAAACAUCCAUUUGAUUUGCUGUGCUAGUUGAGUUUUCCUUUACAUGCUUUGGCUUAAGGAACAAAAGAUUCUCAAACUGAACAAUUUGUGCUAUGGAUGUGAAUAUUAUUGAAGGGCAAAGCCCUUCAUCACUCUGGAAUUUGAGUAAUUUAAGGAGGGUCAGCAGCUGUCUAAAGAGGCCUAAAACAUGCAGCUUUUAGAAAAUACUCAAGUUCCAGGGUUCAAUUGCUGGUAAAUGACAGCUGAAGAAAGUACAGGAAAGAAAGAAGGGAAAGGGAGUGAGAAUCAUGCAGUUUAUUUUUAGAUGAAAUAGAAAAAGCCUAAAUUCUUUUUCCCUAUCCCCUGUCUCAUUAGGUCUUUUAUUUAUACUAUUGGACCUUUUAAGUCAUUUCUAGAAGAUGGAAAAGAUUGAAAUCAGGUGUUGCUGUUUGCUGACAAUGCCAAUUAAUCUGUUAUGGCUUGCAGCAGUUAGUUUUUUCUACUUGAUGAUUUUGGCUCUGACAAUCAGUUUCAUUGUUAACAUUUGAUACAGAAGCAUUAAAAACAAAAUGGUUAAAGACACAAUCCUGUGCAUAUUUAGAAAGAAAAGGUUCUGCAGCUUCCAGCUUGCUCCAGCCAGCAGUGCCCCAUAAGGAUGCAGUUCUAUGAACAUUUAUUUAGCAGUUAAGUACCACUGAACACAGUGGAACUUAGCUGUGAGCAGGCAUGUGGUGCAUUGCACUGCCAGUGUAUUUUGUUUUACAUAGUUAUUUUUUAUGUAAUCCCUUGACAUGUGUACUUUAGCCUUUGGGUACCAUUGUUAUGUACAUCAAAUCAUCUCCAACUUAUGGUAACCCUAUGAGUGAAAGCUCUCCAAAAUGCCCUAUCCAUGACAGACCUGCUCAGUGCUUCCAAAUGCAAGUCUGUAAUUUCUCUGGAGUCAGUCCAGCCCAUAUUGGUCUUCCUUUUCUUCUGUCUUCUACUUUCCCUAGCAUGAUUGUCUUCUUCAGGGAGUUCUGCCUUUUCAUAAUGUGCCCAACAUUCAACAGUCUCAGUUUUACCCUUUUUGCUUCUGUGGAGGCAAACUUGGAUGCUGCUUUAAAAUAUGGUAGCUGUAUAGCAUCUGAUUACUGUAUGGUACUCUACCACACUCCCCCAAAUCUGUUUUUAAUUAGAUAUUAGUUUUUGCUUAUUCUACUGUAAUUAAGCAAAUAGGAUACCUGCAAUUCAUCAUUCUUUUAAGGUGAGAACCUCUAGAUUUGGAUUCGUUCCUGCAAUGAGCAAUCCCCUUUCAGGUUCUCUAUCUAGAAUUUACUAGUGCUGUGAUGGAAUUUGUCUUUUUACUAUUGUGAUAUUCUGUUGUGAUAUUUGAAAUGUAAAAAUAAAUAUUAGGAAUAAGUUAUUGCCCCUACAAUUGCAAUAUAGAUGUGCCACUGAUAUGAUUUUCCAAGAAACUUACAUUUUUACUUCUAUAGCAUAUAUUUGUAUUUUAUGCUAAUUAUUUAUGUAAAUAUAAGCAUUUAAGUUAUCUAAAAGAACCCCCCUAUAUUCACAGAUCAGGCUUAAUGUGUGGCAUAAUUUUCCCAAGCGUUACUUAUUGUAACCUUUUGUCUAUGUACCAAUUUUGGUUGCAGUCCUAAGCACACUUACAAGGGAUGCAGUCCCAUUCAGUAAAAUGGAACUUAUUUCUAAGAAACACGAGCAGAAUUUCAUUGUUAGUAGUCAAUGAACUAUUUAGUCUUCUGUGAAUGGGUGACCUGGUACUUUUUUCUUUAAUUGCUUGGAAACAAUAAAGCAUGACAUGGAAAUGGUCUUUCCUGCCCAUGUGCUGCAAUAGCUCAUUUGCCUGCUGCUUCUCCUUGUUCAUGUUUGAAUGAAAAUUUUGCUUCUGCAGUUGAGGAGGCAGGAGAAUUAGAUGGGCUAAUGGAGGCUAUUUCUGCAUAAUACCUUGCUGUGAGCAUAGUUGGUACCCUCUUGAGGUUCAGAAAUGGCAAGGGGUCUGGCAGACCUGUAAAAGGUAAAUGCCAGGUUGCUGGUGACAAGUAACAAUUACCCAUAUAUACUAGUGUAUAAAAUGACUCUCAUAUAUCUGAGGUUAAUAUAUUGGACUGUUUUUCUUGUGUUUGUCAUAAGUUGGGUGUAUAAGACAACUUCCAAUUUUUGCUUUGCUAUUUUUGGUUUCAUAGGUUAUCUUGAAAGCAAUCAGGUAUGAAAACUUUUGUCAAUGAAAAGCUAAUCAGCUCCUUAUUUUCCUUUCAAUUUACCACAUGCCACAAAUGACUAAGGUUAGUAAAAUGUAUGGACUAGUAACUUCUGUGAAUUUAUUUUCACAGUUUAAAUACUGUUUGAUGCACUCUGGCUGAUGUGAUUCUAGCUUUGCUGGGGAUGUGGUAUUCUAAGUAGCCAAUAUGAAAUCUUGUGGCAAGUGAUCCUUUCAACUGAGUUCUGUCACUCUGGAGGUUCAGAGUUACUGCUUGCAUGCAUUGCCACUUGUGCAUAAAUAUACUCAAAAAGUGAGAUGCAGCACAUUUUGGAUAAGGGGUAAUACUUGGAUAGUGCUUUACUGUUUCUGAAUCAUAUGCUCUUGCUCAAGCCAAUAGGGACUGUAAUAGUACUGCCCUAGUGGAGACAAGAUUGUUCCGAAAACAAUGUUUGCUUUAACUUCUGUCUAAAUGCUAUAAGAAACUUUUCUAUGAACAACUGUGGGUUGAGGCAAACCAACAAUAAGGUGCUGGACAGCUAAUCUACAAGAAACAGCAGCUGUUCUUAGGAGUUUAAGAAUGUGUUGCUUUAAGCAAAUUUAUCAUCAACACUUAAAAAAAACCAAUUGCUAAUUAAAAAGCAGAUCCAUUUGCUCCUUAUAUUUGCUUGUCUUACUUCCCCCUAAUCCUACCCCAAAUCUUACAUUAUCUACAACUUAACAAAAUGGCUAUCCCUCUGUAACUAUCUUGAUGUCCAUACUGUCCAGCUGUCUGCAUCUGGUCUGUUAUUUUUGUCCUUCUACCAUCUAUUUUAUCAUAACAGAUUUAAUGAAAAGCAAGGGGGUUGAAGAAAGGGGAAAAAUAGAAAUCCAAAGUAGUCCACAUUAUUUUAUAUAACUUCAAGGAAUUUUUUCUGGCUUGCAACACUGUCAAAGUUACAGAAGUUUUUGGCCAGUUCUGUUAGAUGAGAAAUUGGUUGAUUAUAUUAAGAUAUUUGCAACAUUUGUGUUUAUUUUGUUAUAUCUAGUAAACAUGUUAUCAUGGAAUAAUAGCUUAAAUUGGUGCAUAUAAAUCACAAGAUCCAUUGCAUCUUAUAUCAGUUUUUUCUCAGUACUAAUCAAAAUGCUUUUCCACAUUCCACAUUCUUCCUUCCAGAAUUGUGGGCACAAAUGCUUUUGUUUUAAAAUUUACAAAUCUCCAUUCAUUUAGUGCCAUAUAUUAGAAGAGGUAAUAGAGAAUUAAAAGGAUUUUGCCAGGAUUCAUUACUGCUAAAAGAAGAAUGUCAGAAGUUAGCAAGACAUCUGACGAAUAGAUGUGUAUUUGCAAUGGUGCAAAUUCAGCAAUAAAAAAUUAAGAAUGUGACAAUGAAGAAAGAGAGGCAGGUAAGGUAAAGAUGAUUCUCUAAGCUAAGGAACAGUUUAAAAAGGUGCAGGCAUUUUAUAAGUGGAGGGUGUCAAAAUUAGUAUAUGAAAUACUCCUUCAGAAUGCUGUACACAAUGAAAAUCACAAUACGUAGUGAUGCAAAUAAGUACAAGUAAAAGCUACCAUUGUGGAAAUACUUUUUUCCUAAGCCAUCUAAUAAAUGUGCACAACUGGUUGCUUUUCAUUAGGUAUUGAAAUUUCUUGUGUGUUGGUAUGAUGAGGAUGGAGAGGAAAGUGAGCAGGUUUAAUGAUCCUCAUAUAAAGAUUUGUACCACAGGGAAAAGACAGCUAGUCAACCACCUCUGUAUUCUGUCUUUCUGAAGUUUUCCAGCCUUAUGUCAAAGGCUGUACAACUUUCUCUGUAAAGGGAAGCUGUCAGGAACAUGUAUAGAACAGGUAGAGAAAAAAAUGUUCUAUUAUUUUUGUUACAUAACCAGCACAAGCUUUCCCAUAUGUUUCCUGGCUUCCUUAGGGCUGUGCACACAUUUCAAGAAAAGAUUUGAUCCUCAUGGGCAUUAUUGAGUGCUACCACUUGAGCCUCCACUGGGUCAUUCAUGCCUGCAGAACUCACUGCUAAAGCUUUUUCAAAGUGCAACCCAGGAAAUGAGUUUGCUGUUUCUGGAGCAAGACAAGUCAGCAGAACUUCCUUCUCUGAGCUCUGCUGACCCACUCCAUUCUAGAAAUGUGUGUUCUGGCUUGUUUCCAAUUGCUUUAGGAACAGCUAGUUUUCCAUUGCAUUAGUGAUGAGUUCUGCUGCAACACAGGCUGUAUGGGAUGCUGUUCAACAGCAUGUCAUGUUUCCACAGUAUGUGAUCUGCAGUUAUUUCCCAGAAUAUUGAGUGGAAGAUAGAUGAAUGAACAUACAGGCAACAUGGCAUGUGUCCCCAUUUUGUGAGUUAACCAAAGUUUCCCCCUGGUUGAUGCCACCACCGUUUUGCAGUUGCGGCCUCCAAAUGAAGGUUGUGUCAUGGUGCCUGAAUCCAAACACUAUGGCUUAAUGCUAGGUUAAAGAACUGACAGUUAACCUAUACUUGUUAAAUUAAUGGUGCAUUGUAUCCCCCUGCCCCCUGGCCAUAGUGUCCAUGUUCAGAAAUCACAAAGCACUCUCUGAGUUUUGCUGAGGUUGCACAAGCAACCUUUGAUAGCUGGAAUAGCUUUCUCUGAUGAGCACCCUGAAUACAUUGUGCAGUUUUGUGGAUGUCUGAGCAGCAUUAGCAGUACAUCCCUCAGCAGAGGGUAGUGACAUUCGUAUCUAACAGGUAGAAUUAGGAAUUUAAAAUCCCUUCUGACUAGGCACUAGCUAGGAUCAGGUGGAUUUGAUAUCUUUGUCAAAUCAUCCCAAGGGUAUUAGAUUAUAGGACUCUUGGCCAAAUGAGGUCACUUGAUGAAAACUUUGCAUAAAACAUGAGAUCAAAAAAGAGCUGCCAUGUUUUGCCUUGCUGAAUUGAUUGCAUGUACUAUUGUGGAACUAAUCAGAAAGCCAAGUGACAAAAAUGUUGAAAAACGCGAUUUGCACUUUAAAAUUAUGCACUGGAUGUUGGUAGAAAGCAAGCAAACAGCAGCUGCUGUGUUGUUGGACAGAGAAAAAUGGUGGCACAAGCAACUGAAAGGGCUUCUUCAUUGCUCUAACAUGGAGCUAUGUAGUUUUUCCAUAUCCCUUGAGAUUAUUUAGCCUAUUCUCUUGAUCAUGGAUGAAAAGAACACCCAUGUGAAAGCCUUCAAGACAUCUUAAAUCCUGCUGCCCCCAUGGGAACUAAGGUGGUUUAUGUUAAUCUUAGUAAAGUUUACUAAAUUUGAAAUAUAUUGAAAACAAAUGGAGAGUUCAGUUGCUUUCCAGCAUAUCUAACUGCAACUUGCUACUGUACAUAAUUUAUAUGAAGAUGUCAAAUGACAUUUAAAGUAGGCAGCUCUCAUUUGUGGACUACUUUGUCUCCACUUUAGAAGAUUAAAACAAGCUAAAUCCUACUGGUGAUUUUUUAUUUUUAAUAAGUGUAUGAUUUUGUAGUAUUAUCACAUGUCAAACUUUAUGUGAUGUUAUUUAGAUCUGUUGCUUUGUGAAACCUGUUCAAAAUAGUAAUAAAUGUUUUAUACAAAGAAAA